GAAUGAUGAGAUUGUUCAACAGGAUUGCAAAAAUCAAUGUACAUGGAGAUGUUGAUGUGUCGGUCUACAGAUCUGUACGAUCAAAGCUUAGAAUUGCAGUUGCCUCCGUUCCAGGACCGAUGGUGAAAGGGAAGAUUAGCUUUGUUACCGAAACGACUACUAAUGAUGGAUUACCGCACACUCUGGAGCAUCUGGUUUUCAUGGGCAGCAGAAAUUACCCCUAUAAGGGGUUUCUUGACGUCAUCGCGAAUCGUUGUUUGGCUUCUGGAACAAAUGCAGCGACAUGUCAAGACUAUACAGUCUAUAGUUCAACAACAGUUGGCCAUGUAGGAUUUUUAAAAAUCCUGCCAAUUUUUAUCGAUCAUUUGCUCUCUCCCUUGUUAACGGACGCUCAAUACCUUACGGAGGUUCACCAUAUUGACGGGAAUGGUGCAGACUCUGGCGUCGUCUACAGUGAGAUGCAGGCUAAAGAAAACGACAUGGAGAUUAUCGUCGACAGAAAAAGAAAGCAACUGUUUUACCCACCUAAUUCCAGCUAUGCAGUAACGGCCGGUGGUCGAUUGGAGGAACUCCGUACACAGUGUUCAGCUCAGCGGGUUAGGGAAUUUCACAAGCGCUUUUACAAUCUCAAUAACAUGUUCAUCACUGUUUCGGGCAGCAUUGACCAUGAUGAUUUGCUUCAAGCUGUGGCAAAAGUAGAAGGACCAAACAUCACAUCGAUUCCGGAAAACUUCAAUCGUCACUUCUCUUUACGGACACCGCCAAUCAAAAAACAAAAGUGCGUCGUUAUAUGCCCUGCCGAUGAUGAUACAAUUGGAGUGGUGGAGAUCUCAUGGUUAGGGCCUAAAGGAUCUGAAGUAUACAGGAAUCGUGCGCUUCUUCUUCUCUUUGAUUAUCUCGUUGAUACUUCUGGGGCACCUUUGAAAAAGGAUUUCGUUCAAAUUGAAGAACCAUUUUGUUCAUCAGUUUCUAUUUCCUUGAUUGAACAGACUGAUUGUGAGAUUGUUAUGACAUUUGAAGAUGUUCCUGUUACAAAGAGUGAUCAAAUUCGAGAUAGAUUUUUCUCAAAAACUGCAGCUGAGCAUUCAAAAAUUGAUGCUUUUGACAUGGAACGACUACACUUUAUGAUAGAUCAACAAAUCAGAAGUUUUCGGCUUAAAAUGGAAAACAGUCCUCACUCAUACAUAGCAGACGCAAUUAUUGGUCACCAAUUGUACGGCCCAUCGAAUGAAAAUGAGCAGGAAAAGGAUUUGGAAGAACGACUUCAAGAGGUACAAAUUUUGAAACGACUACGUGAUGAACCUGCCUAUUUUUGGCAUUCAUUAUUCUCUGAAACUUUCACGCAAAACUGUGUUUGUGUUAUUGGCAAACCAAACAAGGAAGCAGUAGACGAAUUGAUGGAGAAGGAGAAAACACGACUUGCUGAUCAAGUGAAGUUAUUUGGCAAAGAUGGACUCAAAAAGAAGGCUCAAAUCUUGGCUGAUGCUAUUGCGGAAAAUAAGGCAAAACAACCUACAUCAGAUGUGCUUAAAGAUCUCAUUGUAAAGGAUCUCGAAAAAUUUCGUCUUAUUCCCGUCAAUUCUACUGUUCUUAAUGGCUGGCCUAUUCACACAACGUGGCAUGAGAUUAAAAGUGAUUUCUUCGAGGCAAAUACUUUGAUAGACACAAGCAAGAUACCUGCUAAUAUUCGAAAAUAUAUGAUGUUAUGGGCCGAACUAUUAUUCCAAUCUGAUGCGACAUUUGACAAUAAAGUAUGGACUUAUGACGAAGUCGCAAAACUAGUCACUCGGGACUUAGUUUCAAGCUCUGUCUCAUUGGGUGUCUCAGGUGUUUACUCACGCUUCAUCUCUCUCCACCUUCGUGUUGACACAAACAACUUUCAUAAAUUGGCCGAAUGGACAGAAAUCUUUCUCAAGAAACUCAUUCUCAAUCCGCAGCGUAUACUUAUUUGUGCAAAAAAAUUAGCGAAUUAUGCAGCCGAGUACAAACGUGAUGGAAAUUCUAUUGCUCAUUUUUUGUCUAACUAUAUGGUCUAUGAUAAAGGUUUAUUUUAUUAG